AAAUAAUGUUUACCAAUAUGAUAUGGAUGUUGUUCUUUACGACAGCCUGUGCCUUUCCAUACGUGAUCGCCUUCACCAACGACACGAUGGAGAUUCGACUGAUAAUAAAUGGCAAUCUGGUUCACACUAUUGCUAUGCCGAAUAUCAACUUGAUCACUUCGAAGCGGGAUAUAUUCUUUGCGACCACGGCUCCGGAAUUCUUUCCGGGAAAAUGCGAGCGAAUUCGAUUGGAUUCGAAACCUCUCGAGAAGGAGGAGAUGCCGUGCAGCCCACCGCCCACCAUACAAUCUUCAUCCUCCUCUCGAUCGACUUUUCAAAACAGUCAGGGUGAUUGGAAACCGAUAAGAAUCUAUCGGAUACCUCUGCAGACGCUGUCGAGAAACGCGGGGUCCAACUGCAGCCAGAGGAGAUGCCCGAGUCCCGCGGAACCGGAAAUCGUUUCCGCACCACCCACCACGGACCGCACCUUCCUGAACGUCGAGCCGCAGCGUGCGUUCAGCAGAUCCUGCAGCAGCAGUCCUACACCCACACCGACCACGAAUUUGCCGUC